ACUAUAUUAGCCUCGUGACUCUCGUGAGUUGUCCCGUGAGCGACCGUAUGACCACGUGUGACAAAUCGACCUGUGGUAGGCAUUGUCGUAGGACGUUUCGCGUUCCGCUCGCGUUACGCGAGACGAUCGCGUGCGUUUCCGAGAACUCCGGCUGGCUUGUCAGCGGCUCAAUUAACGGAAUAUGCGUGAUAACGUGUGGUGCGAAAGGAUUCUCUCGGCAGAGCUGCGGCCUGUCGUUCGCCGCUGCGAAUGAUAAAUAGUUUUUAUCUUACGGCCGCGGUUAAAUAUUUAUCGCACAAAACAGCAGCGGACGGAACGUUUGAUCGGCCGCCGACAAAGUUCCUCGGUACGCUAUAAAUGCCGCUCGUAACCUCGCUUGGGACUCAGACGAGCUCGGAUUAGUGCGACUACGCUGUGCAUAAGACAACAUGAAGUUCGCGGAGCAUCUGUCAGCCCACAUUACGCCGGAGUGGCGUAAGCAGUAUAUUAGCUAUGAGGAAAUGAAAGCGAUGCUUUACACAGCGGUGGAAGAAGCACCCUCGGAUGAAAGUGUAGAACCAGAAGUGAUAUCACGCCACUUUGCGUCGUUUGACGAGAUGUUUUUUACAUUUUGUGAUCGCGAAUUGAAGAAAAUUAAUACAUUUUAUUCAGAAAAAUUGGCAGAAGCCACACGUAAAUAUGCAGCUUUACAAAGUGAGCUGAAGACUGCAGUUGAAUUGCAACAGGGUAGCGGGAAGAACAAAGGAAAGGCCAGCGCGAAGCCGCUCCUACCUCCAAGAAAGCUUAGGGAUCUAAAACUUGCAUUUUCAGAAUUUUAUCUUUCCCUGAUCCUUCUUCAGAAUUAUCAGAAUCUUAAUUACACUGGAUUCCGCAAGAUUCUCAAGAAACACGACAAGUUACUGUCAGUUGACGCUGGUACAAAAUGGAGAGUCGAGUGCGUGGAACCGUCACACUUUCACACAUCCAAAGAUAUAGACAAAUUGAUUCAGGAAACAGAAGCUUUGGUGACGAACGACCUCGAGGGCGGCGAUCGGCAACGGGCUAUGAAACGUCUCCGGGUGCCACCGCUUGGCGAGCAUCAGAGUCCGUGGACCACCUUCAAAGUUGGCUUAUUCUCUGGUAGUUUUAUCGUUCUAUCUGUCGCAGUUGUCCUCUCAGCCGUCUUCCACGACAGCGGGGAGAAUCUAAAAAUCGCAUUUAGACUGUACCGAGGUCCUUUCCUUAUUAUCGAGUUCUUAUUUCUCAUUGGAAUUAACGUUUACGGAUGGAGGUCUUCCGGUGUCAAUCACGUUUUGAUAUUCGAGCUAGACCCACGAAAUCAUCUUUCGGAGCAGCAUCUCAUGGAACUGGCCGCAGUUCUCGGAGUCGUCUGGACGCUAAGCUUAUUAAGUUUCUUAUACAGUGCAAGUCUAAGCAUUCCGCCGUACGUGAAUCCAUUAGUACUCGUCGGCAUCAUGGUGAUCUUUCUAAUAAAUCCAAUUAAGAUGUUUCGCCACGAAGCUCGGUUUUGGCUGCUGAAGAUCAUAGCACGCGUUUUGAUAUCACCAUUCGCGUACGUCAAUUUUGCCGAUUUCUGGUUGGCGGAUCAGUUCAACAGUUUGGCGACUGCGUUCAUGGACUUUCACUUUCUAAUAUGCUUCUACAUUACGAACGGCGGCAAUUGGUUGGACGCGGGCGACACUAGACAGUGCAUGUCCGGCUCUCUCAUUAUCAGACCUAUUGUAAAUUGCUUACCGGCGUGGUUUCGCUUCGCGCAGUGCGUUCGCAGAUAUCGGGAUUCUAAGGAGGCGUUUCCACAUUUAGUGAAUGCUGGGAAGUAUUCCACGACGUUUCUCGUUGUUAUAGCCAAUACCUUAUACAAUUAUCACGCAGUGGAAUACAAUAAUAAAUGGGAGAAUCCGUGGUUGUGGCUGUGGGUGUGUAGCUGCCUUAUUAAUUCAAUAUAUUCGUACACGUGGGAUCUCAAGAUGGAUUGGGGCCUUUUAGACAGUAAUGCCGGAAAAGAAAAUCGUUUUCUACGCGAGGAAGUGGUUUACUCGUCAGCCUGGUUUUAUUAUUUUGCAAUAAUAGAAGAUUUUAUACUACGAUUUAUAUGGAUUGCGAGUUUUGUCUUCACUGAAUGUGGGUAUAUCUCGAGUGACCUAAUGACUUCUAUAGUAGCACCUCUCGAGGUCUUCAGGCGAUUUGUAUGGAACUUUUUCCGUUUGGAGAACGAACAUUUGAAUAACUGCGGUAAAUUCCGCGCCGUGCGUGAUAUCUCGAUAGCACCUAUAGAAAGCUCCGAUCAAACGCAGAUUUUACGUAUGAUGGACGAAGAGAAUGGUGUACUUAAUAGGGGCAAACGUAAAAGCGGCGGUAAAAAGCAGAGCAAUACAAAGGAGGAGAAACGAGCGCUGCUCAAGGAAGAAACUAUAGAUGUCGAUAUAUCGAAUGCCAGUUGAACGAUAUAGUUCAAGAUUUUUGUACGAUAUUAUUUUUAAUUUCUUUCAGUACGGAAAGCUUCCGAAGUCUAGUACUUAAAGAAGAUAACUCGCUCGCCUUUGUAAAUGAUACAUAUCGAUUUCGCUAGAAAAUAAUUAUAUCCAUAAUUAUUACGAUAAUUAUACGGAUAAUCAUUACGCGUGUUUUUCAGCAGAUGAUUAGAAAACUAAAAUUAUUAUAGUGCCUUUCGCGCUUCUCUCGUAUAAAAUACUUUACGAUAAAUUAUAAUAAUCCAAAAAAUAGUCUGCACCAAGAGUCUUCCAAUACAAAAACGAACAAUUAUAGCUUAAAUAAAUUACUUCAACUACUUCGAAUUUUACAGCUUUUAGAAACAGACACAUAGAAAAAAAAUGUAAUGUGUCAUACAAAGAGCGCGUGCUUUUGCAUGCGAGCUUUAUGAAUUGUUAAUGAAUAUUUGAGGUCAUUUUGCCUGCCAUUUAAAGUAUGAUUUUAUUAACUGUAUUGUUACCAUCACUUUUUCUAAAUGCCAUUUUUUAAUAAUAGAUAAUUGAUACCAUGAGUAAAUACGAAUAUUGAAAGUAGAGAGAAAGAGGAAAUUUUGAUUGACAAAAAUAGUCUGAUGUUACUACGCUCAUAACAGAAGUGAUACUAAACAUGUAUUAAUACUAGAGAGGCUGUUAUAAUGUGCUUUUUCACGCAUAUUGAACAUAAUUAUUGUACUUAUAUCAUGUAGUUAUAUUGGCCUAAACAUGUAUGCAGUAACGUAAAUCAUUUUCUAGUAGCAAAAGAGUAGAAUCAAAUUUAUAAAUUUGAUACUUAACUUACGAAUACUCCGCUACUAAUUUGGAUAAGUUUUGUACAUAAAGUAGUAUUGUAAUCAUUCGACUGUUUUAUAUGAAUAUAUUGUAAAUAAUAUUCUAUUAUAUUAAUUUAGAAGAGAAAAAGUAGGGGCAAUAUGUUUCCUUUUGUAAUAAAGAUUAUUUAGUAUU